GUAUGGCAUCACCAACAAACAUGGCGGCGCGCGGAGAGUCACUCGAUUGAAGUCGAAAAAACACCUCAAAAAACUCGUCGCCAUAUUGCAAUCUCUUCGAAUCGACCAAUAAAAUAAUGUUGAGCAGGAUCGACAGCGCUCGAACCGGUUUAACGCAUCAUGUCCAAGCGGACCACAUCAUCCACCGUUACUGCUUCGUCGUCUUCUCCGGGUGCCUCCUCAACUGAUCCCCCUAAAUCUGUUUGCAAAAAAUGGAACAAAAAAAGUCAGGACAAGCACGACGCCGAAGUUCCCUUCGCGAGCCUCAGGAAAGAGCUGCAGAGUCCUCAGCGCCAAGGCUGCAGCCUAUCCUGCGGAUCCAACCAUGGAGACUCUAUGGGUGAUCUGGAGCCAUCACAAGACAUCGUUUGGGAUGCCAUGUCACCCCCCAACGCUGGAGUGGGGCCAAAUGUCAGAACCUUGGAAAUAGCCGAAAUUGUCAAUCUCAUUGCGCCAAAGGACACGAAACCAAAAGGGCCGCUGUCGCCUCUGUGGCAGUGGAUGGGCAGCCCCACGGCCUUGACGCCUGAGGUGCCCAAAGCCAGAGUGAGGAAGAAGUCCGCUCGGCAAAACAGCGUCAACGAGCUGAUAAGACUGGCCCGGCAGUUUGACGAGAGCAUGCAGCAGGACAAGCAGGCGUCAGCCCAGCGAAACAACAACAACAACGAAAUCGGCAAAGCGGCAACAGAAACGCCGUCGCCACUGAACCAAACCGAGACCGAGCUGCGAGCCCUUUUCGACUCCACCACUCAGAACGUCAGCGGCAGCCUCAGCCCGAUCUCCUCUAAAUCCUCCCAGGACAAAAGCCAGCUCAAAAAUUCCAGUCCCGCUCCUCAUAAAAUCAAGGAGUCAAGCAGCAAGUGUGCAGACUUUGAUGACGACUGGGAGAAUGACGACAUGCUCAACGAUCCUUCUUUGCUGGCCCUGAUACAGAAUCCACACCAGGAUCCUGGCCCGGUCCGGCACUCGACUCAGACCAACUUGCGGGACUUUUGUCCCAAAGUCAAGCCCACCACCAGAAGCACUUUUAAGUUGGAGCCCAACCCUUACUUCAAAAAAUCUCUCCAACGCAACCUAGAAACAUCCAAGAACAAGAUUUCCGACAGUAAAUGGGAUGACAGGGACGACGACGCGCUCUUCUACAAUGCGUGCGAUAGUGUGGAAAGACUCUCCCAACCCACAAAGACAACCACUCCUCUCCCCAUUCACCAAACGUUGCCCGCUCACAAGAAGUCGCCUCGCACUUUCAUGCGCUCCAAUUCGUUACCGGUCGAAACUUUGAAGUUCCACCAAGGAUCUAACGCUGUUGUGUCCAAGAGUCUCCCGGCAGGAGGCCACUUGGAGGCUGGGGGGCAACCCUCGCAGGCGGCCUUCAAGAGGAGCGUAUGCCACAUGGCGGUGAAGAGCACCAAAGUGUCUGUCACCAACCAGAUGGCGGACAAGUGUACGGCGGCUGAAAUCGAACGCAAAAAGCAGGAAGCUUUGGCCAGGAGGUUGCAGAGGAUGCAGAAUGCGCAGAAACCGUAGAAAGAAACACGCACCCGCCCACACACACACACACUCUCUACAUUAUGCUGCUAUUGAAAGGACACUGGGGUGAUAAUCAAACAUUUUUGUUUUUUGUACUUAUUUUAUUUUUGGGGGGAAAUUUGGUUGCAUGUUUGUAUUCCAUUUCCAAGUUUUCUUUGGAUGUUUUGAAGGAAUGUUCAGACUUGAUAAAUAAACAUUUUUGUUUUGUUA